AUGACGGUCAUGCAUCUACCAAAGACCACAGGUGGCUUCGCGCUUCCGCACUCGCCCCCCCGCCAUUCGCGCCGCGCGUUGCUCCGCCAUCGGCGGCAGCGAUGCAUGGUUCUGUUGGUGGUCGCGUGCGUGCUCGUCGUGAUGCUGCUCUUCGUCUCGCUCCAUCUGCCGUCGGUAGAUUCGCUCCUGCCACGUGGCAAGCAGCCAUCGAUCCGCGUGGCUCUCGCCACUCUCCGCGCCGAUCCGACGUGGCAGCAGCUGCUGGAUCCCGACUCCGCGGUGCGCCAGCUCAGCGACCAGAUCAGCCUGGGAAAGGCGUAUCUGACGCGCGCGCGGGAUGCGGGGAGAGGGACUUUGGCGACGAGAUGGAAGCGGGGCGUGCGAGCCGCAGAGGCGUUUCUCGCUCGCUCCAUCGCUAUCCCCAGCCAAGCAGUGUACAAGCUAGAGGCGCGAGCACAUAUUGCAAAUAUGAGCGCGCUCAUCCUUCAGGCCAAGGAAAUGCACUAUGACAUAGCGGCGGCAAUGGCAGCGCUAAAGGAGAAAGUGGCCAAGGCAGAAGAGAAGGCCUCAAAGGCAUCAGCUCAAGCCACUCUCGCCUCUCAGGUGGUAUCAGAGUCCAUGCCCAAGCCCAUGACGUGCCUGUACAUGCGGCUGGCCAGGGAGUGGGCUCUGCUGCACUCCUCUGCUGCCCAUGGCAGGAUGGACGACGACGCUCUCCCCUUCCAAAUACACCACGGCCUGGAGCUCAAAUCCGCACCCCACCGCUCUCUCUCCCCUCCCGUCUCCCAGCCCGUAGGCAUGCCCAACAGCUCUCGUCUGGUGGACACCUCAUUGCAGCAUUUGUGCAUCUUCAGUGACAACGUGCUGGCCGUCUCUGCUGCUCUCAACUCCACUGUCCUCUCCUCCCACGACCCCUCACGGCUCGUCUUCCACAUCGUCACCGACGCCACCACCUUCCCUGCCUUCAUGCAUGCUGGCCUGGGCGUGUCUGCUGCUCUCAACUCCACUGUUCUCUCUUCUUACAACCCCUUCCGCCUGCGCUUCCACGUCGUCACCGACGCCGCCUCCUUCCCUGCCUUCGUGGUAAGAAGAGAACAUCAUCAGGAUGUGCGCUCGCUCAUGGGUGUGGUUCUCCCGCCACCCACCCGACUCGGCAUCACUAGAGGUGCGGCGGGUGGAGGCGAGAGCGGGUGGCUGAACGCGUCCUUUGCGCCCGUGUUGCGACAGAUGCAGGACGCCGGUGCCAAGAGCUUCUACUUCUCCGCUGCUGCUGCUGACGAUGUGCCCAGGGGAGAGGGCAAACGGCUUCUAUCCUUGGACAUGGGGAGGGUGAUGGCAGGAGCCAAGGAGAGAGGGGAGUUAGAAUUGAGGGUGACUUCUUUGGUGGCAGAGGCGGUGGCAGCAGCGGGGGAGGUGAUUCUGGUGAUAGACGAGGUGCACACGAUGGUGGGAGCUGGCGCCGUGGGGAGGGGCAGGGACGGUGGAGGGUCAGGACUGGACAUCUCGAAUCUGCUCAAGCCUGCUCUGUCCCGAGGGCAGAUUCAGUGCAUCGUCACCACCACCAGUGAGUUCAGCAAGCACUUGGAGAAGGACAAGGCUCUGGCUCAACGUCUGUGCAUCGCCACCACCACCACCUGCGAGUUCCGCAAGCACCUCGAGAAGGACAAGGCUCUGGCUCAACGUCUGGUGCUUACUGCUCUCCGCCUUUAUCCCACCCUUCCCUUUUCCUCCCCCCAUAACAUCAGUGCAUCGCCACCACCACCACCAGUGAGUUCCGCAAGCACCUUGAGAAGGACAAGGCACUGGCCAGGCGCUUUCACCGGUGACGGUGGAGGAACCUUCAGAGACGGUGCUCUCCUGGCUGGAGCGACCCUCUCCCCGCAGAUCAUCCCAAUUGCUCCGCUCUGGCCAAUCUUAUACCACCUGCGCCACCUAUACAAGGCCCACCACAAGUGUGUUCUCUCCGAUUCCGCCCUGGCAGCCGCUGUAACCCUCUCUGCUCGUUUCAUCCCCGAUCACCGCCUGCCCGACAAGGAAAUUGACCAAAUCGAUGCGGCGGCCAGUAGGAGCAGGGUGGAGGGCAGUGAGGGGAGGAGAGCAGGCGACUCACAGUACCACCCCUUGUGCAUUCCUUCCCUUCCCUCUCUGCCCGCUUCCCCCCUUUCAGGAAGCCGCCUUGGAAAUCCUACACGGGAAGCUGCCUUAGAAAUCCUACACGGUCUGAGGCACCUAUAUGAGGCUCACCACAAGUGUGUUCUCUCCGACUCCGCCCUGGCAGCAGCAGUCACCCUCUCUGCGCGCUUCAUCCCCGACCGCUGCCUGCCUGACAAGGCAAUUGACUUGAUAGACGAGGCGGCCAGUAGGAGCAGGGUGGAGGGUAGCAAGGGGAGGAGGAGGCGGGCGAGUGGGGUGCUGGAGAGGGGCGCGGAGGAGUACUGGCGGGAGAUUCGCAUGGCGCAGGCUGCACACGAAGCGGCACAUGCGCGCCAGAACCCCUUCACCUCGCUCACCUCCUUCCUCUCCCACGACAAUCACACCCACGUCGCCGACACCACCACCGCUGCUGUUUCUCAUUUCCCUUUCUCUUCCCCCACUUGCUCUAUUUCUCUCCCCCCUUGCAGGCCAUGCGCGCCAGAACCCCUUCACCUCACUCACCUCCUUCCUCUCGCAAGACAAUCACGGCCACGUUGCGACACCACCACCGCUGCUGACGCCGCCGCUGCUGCUGGUCGGUCCAGGAGUGGCAUCACCGGCAGGAGUGACAAGGACGACAGCCCCACGCACAUCACAGCAGAGCACAUAGCAGCAGUGGCCGCCCACUGGACGGGCAUCCCCCUGCAGCAGCUCUCGCUCUCCGACCAGCAGCACCUGGCAGGGCUGGAAGAGGCGCUGGAGACGCGCGUGGUGGGGCAGGGGCAAGCUGUGAGGGUGAUAGCACGCGCGGUGCAGAGGGCGAGGGUGGGGCUGAAGGGGGAGGGGAGGCCGGUUGCGGCUCUGCUGUUCUCGGGGCCGACUGGCAAGCUGAUUGGAGCGCCGCCCGGCUAUGUGGGGUACGGCGAGGGCGGCAAGCUCACGGAGGCCGUCCGCAGGCGGCCGUUUUGUCUUAUUCUCCUGGACGAGAUUGAGAAGGCGCACCCGGACAUCGAGAAGGCGCACCCGGACGUCUUUAAUCUCCUGCUGCAGAUUUUUGAAGACGGGCGGCUCACUGACUCGCAGGUGGGUGGGCCAUUGCGAGAGGCGGCACCCACCGCAUCGGCUUCCUCUCGCCAGGGGAUUAUGCGGCUGCUGAUGGGAAUGGGGGAGAGGUGGCGGGAGAGAGGCGCGGGCGGAUGCGGGGCGAUAUGCGGCGAUGAAAGAGGUGGUGAUGGGGAGUUGAAGGCGCACUUCCGGCCGGAGCUGAUGAACCGCAGCGACGAGGUGGUGGUGUUCCGAGUGCUCGAGAAGGAACAGCUGAUGAACCGCAUCGACGAGGUGGUGGUGUUCCGAGCGUUGGAGAGGGGAGCAGGUGAGCACGUGUGA